UUCACACUUUGAGAAUAUAAAAAAAAAACCGAACCCACUCUAUUGAGUUGAGUCUUUUGAUAAUGUCGUCGGCGUCGACGGGAAGCAGCAGCAGCAGCAAAAUCCGGCGCAUUGUGCGCGUGCGGCAAAUGCUUCUCCGGUGGCGGAGGAAGGUGGCGGUGGACGUUCCGGCGGGACACGUGGCAGUGUGCGUGGGGCCCAGCAGGAGGAGGUUCAUCGUGCGCGCGACGCACCUGAACCACCCGAUUUUCAAGAUGCUUCUUGUGAAGGCCGAAGAGGAAUACGGUUUCUGCAACCACGGUCCUCUCGCUAUUCCCUGCGACGAGUCUCUCUUCGAACACCUUCUUCGGGUGGUGGCCCGACCCGUACCCCUACCCGGUUUCUCCUCGCUCGAGGAUUUUCAGACACGCUGCCACGUGGACUUUGUAGGAGGAGAAUCGUGGCCGUUGCUUCGUGACGAGCCAAUUUGCUGAAAAUGCAAUACAAUAAUCGUUAAUCACUAACUACUUUUUUUGGGCUUGUAUUUUUUACCCUAAUUAUUGAUUUUUUUUAGUUAUUAGGGGAAUGAUGAAAAGAAGGCGAAGUCGAGCGGGGUGAAUUGGAUUAGAUCCAAUGUUGUCUAUUAAUUGUAUUUGUAAUUUGUAAAAUAUGCAAAUUACUUGGCUCCAUUUUAGAGCAAGGUUACAACUUACAAGAUGUGUGUUCUUCCUUUU